AUGGCAAUUGCCAGCAUUGUCCCCAACUUCCUCAUGGGCAUCAUUAUUAGAGCCGGAAUUCAGGUAUGCAUUAAAUUACAUCCAUCCAAAACAAUGCCAUCUUUUCCUUUAAACCACCACUCAAAAUUCAACCGUCUCCAUCAUUCUUUUAUAAAUUUCUGCCUUUUAUUCAACAGUGGAUCUACUAAAUGGCUUCCACAUGAUAUCCCAAAGCCAGUCUGGCGUUACCCUAUGUCAUACAUCAGUUUCCAUUUCUGGGCACUGCAGGGUCAGUACCAGAAUGAUUUGAGGGGCUUGAUAUUUGACAACCAGACACCAGAGCUUCCAAAGAUACCAGGAGAAUACAUCUUGGAAAAAGUGUUCCAAAUAGAUGUGAACAGAUCGAAGUGGAUUAACCUGAGUGUGAUCUUCAGCAUGAUUGUGAUCUACCGCAUUAUAUUCUUUAUCAUGAUAAAAAUAAACGAAGAUGUGACACCAUGGGUGAGAGGGUACAUGGCUAGAAGGAGAAUGCAGCAGAAGAGUGGAGCACAGAACACAACUAUUGCACCUGAUGUUCUCACUCAGUCACCAUCUCUCAGAACCUAUGUUUCCCCUCCAACAAAAUGAACUCUUCAAAACUUUUACUCCUUUCAUUAUCAACUAGGAUUAGAUAUAUAUAUAUAUAUAUCAGACAAAAUUCUUAUUGCUUUUACACAUUCUUGCCCUUUAACCCUACUUUCAGUAAGUUAUCACUGCCUUCUUGUUUAUAAUUUGGGAAAAAAUAUCAGUUUACUUCUACUU